AAAGAUUUACCAAAUAAAUUUAUAUAUCAAACUAAGAAAUAAAAUGAAAGAAGAACAAGCGGAACAAAUACUUAGCGUGUUAUAUAUUUCCUGUGCAAUUUUAUCGGUAACAUCUUUGACCUGUUUGGUCACCAUUUGGCAAUAUUGGACAUAUACCUUGGAUGUUUGCGAUAACAUCAACUGCGGCUGCAUAUUAUAUAGUAUCAAUACUUUCGCUAGUUUUAUGGGAGGUGAUGAAAAAUUUUGCCAUUUUAGCGUAUACGGUUUGAUUCCUAUAAUUGUAAUCGGUUUAUGUCUCGGUGCAUAUCAUGGAUAUAGAAGUUGCAUUAAUAGAAAUUUAGAUACGCCUAUACAAGUCUAUAACAAUGUUAACAGAAAUUUAAACAGUAGCAAAGCAACAACAACAGUGCUGAUAAGAUCUAAAAAUCGAACUCCAUAUAAACAAUGGAUACCUGCUGUGUUCCUUACAGUAUUACUUUGCUGUUUAUCAUUGGCUCAUGCAAUAGUGAUGACUGAUGGUUAUUACAAAAGUUGUGAGCAAUGUAGAAAAAGAUUAAUAUAUCUUUUAAAUUCCGGACGUGAAGCCGAGGUUAUUCGUAACAGACUUUCUUGCGGAGCGAUCUUUGAUUUUAUGGAUUAUUUACAAGCGGAUAUGACAAAUAAUGAUAAGUGGAUAAUGAAUAAAGAGAUUGAUACUGGUUUUGCUUUCCGGUUAGCUAUUAUUGCAACAUGGUUCAAUUUCUUUGCUUGGACAUUUGCAUUCUUGCUAAACAUUAUUAUGGCGCGCAAAAGAUUUCGUUGAUAUUAAAUUAUCGACCAAAAGUUAUCGAU